GCCGCUGCCUCGAAGCUUCUGCCGGAGCCAGGGACACGGCAGAGCCGGGGCGCGGGGGGCCGCGCAGCCCACCGGGGCCGGGCCGUGGAGCGGAGCCCAGGUGCUUCUGCCAACACCAUGGAGCAGGCACCCGCGGCCUCAGCCACGGCCCGCAGCCAGGGCUCCUGCGCCCGCUGCGCCCCAGGGCGAAGGCCCAGCCAGGCCGUGUGAGCUGGAAGCACCAACCUGGGGACCUCUCUUAAGAUGACCCGCACAGACCCGCCAGACCUGCUGGUGUCAACCGUGUACCAGGACAUCAAAGUGGCGGCCCCGGGGCCCGUGUCGCGGCGCCCGCCAUGUGAGCGCGCCAUGGCCCGGCCUGCUGCACCCGCGCCGUUCAACAAGCGCCACUGCCGCAGCUUCGACUUCCUGGAGGCGCUGGACGGACCGCCCAUGGAGGUGCCCGUGGGGCCCGCGCGCCCGGAGCCGCCAACCCCGGAGCCCGCCGCGCCGCGCCCCCGGCCCCGUGACGGCGACCGGCGCCGCGCCCGCUCCAAGAGCGCGCCCCGCGCUCCCCCCGGCCUGGCGCCCGUGGCCCCCGCCUCGCCCCCAGUGCCACGGCGUCGAGGCCGGGAGACCCAGCGGGCGGCGCGGGCCGAAGGGUCGCCGCGCCGCGAGCCCACGUACCCCGCGCUGCGCGCGCUCGCCAACGAGCUGCACCCCAUCAAGCUGCAGCCGCAGCGGAGCGGCCCCGGCAGCAUCGCGCCCCUGUGUGCCGCCGUUUCCAGCCACUGCCCGCCGCCCGAGCCGCCGCCCGGGCCCGCCCCCCACGUCCGCUGCCGCGUGGACAUCAAGCCCGACGACGCGGUGCUGCAGCACGCCGCCCGGGGCUCGCGGCCCUCGGGGCCCGCCGAGGCUGCGCCCUGGGCCCGCCCUGCCCCGCAGCUGCACGGCCUCACGGUGCCCGGGCCUCGCCACGUGGUGCUGUCGCGCACGCCCACCCCCAGCGACUCCUACUGCGCGGACCCCCGGGCGCUCUACUGCGAUGGGCCCCUGGCCGGACCCCGGGACUCUGCGGAGCGCCGCGGCCUGCUCUUCACCACCCCGCCGGGCCCCACCCAGUUCUUCUACACCGAAGAGCCAGACGGUUACCCCGGGGCCUUUCCGGCCAGCCCCGGCCCUCCCUUCGACGGCUACUUCCCCAGGCCCUACCCGUCGGAAGAGCCCCCGAGACCCAGUCCUCCGCGCGGGGGCGGCUACUAUGCAAGCGAUGUCCGGACCUUCCCGAUCCAGGAGCCGCCCUCCCGCUCGUACUACUACCGCGAGGCCGCCCCUACCCGAGCCUACGGCCCGCCCUGCGGUCCCCGCUACGCCCCGGAGGAAUCCCGGGUCCACCCCGCCGCCCGCCCCUUCUACAGCGAGGACUACGGACGGUACCGCGAGCGCGACGCCCUGGCUCGGACUUACCCUCAGCCGCGGGGCAGCCCGGCCUGGGGCGACUGGGGCCCGCGGCCUUACCGCACCUUGCAGGUGGCCCCGCCCCCCCACCCCGGGCCGCUGCUCGCCUCGUGGCACGGAGGCACCAGCACCAGCCCACCCCGGCUGGUCACCGACAGUCGCCACUACUCGCGCUCCUGGGAUAACAUUCUGGCGCCCGGGCCGCACCGGGAGGACCCCCUGGGCCGCGGCCGCAGCUACGAGAACCUGCUAGGCCGCGAGCCGCGGGAGCCGCGAGGCACCUCCCCUGAAGGCCGGCGCCCGCCUGUCAUCGUAAACCUGUCCACCUCGCCCAGACGCUACGCGGCGCUGUCGCUGUCCGAGACGUCGCUGUCCGAGAAGGGCCGCACCGGCGAGGGCCCGGGCCGCGCCUGGUAUGUCACGCCAGAGAUCACCAUCACCGACAAUGACCUUCGUGCCGGGGAGCGCCCCGCCGCCAGGGCCUGGGAGCUGUCCCGGGGCCGCCAGCGGCCCCCGCCGCCCGCGGCCCCUGAGGGCCCCACCUCUGGCCGCCAGCGCAGCCUCGAGCAGCUGGACGAGCUCAUCACCGACCUGGUCAUCGACUCGCGGCCCGCGGCUGGUCAAGCCGCCGAGCCCGCAGCCGCCAGCCUGGGCCCCCAGCUGCGCCGCCUGCUUGACUCGAGGCCCACGCGCCCCGGCGCCCCCGCGCUGUCACCCCCGCGCUCGCCUCCCGUCUCGGCCGGCAGCGCCGAGGAGCACGCGGGCACCGGGGAGCCGGCCGACGCGUCGCCCGAGCCAAGCGCCGACGAGGACGACCUGAUGACGUGCUCCAACGCGCGAUGCCGGCGCACCGAGACCAUGUUCAACGCCUGCCUCUACUUCAAGUCGUGCCACAGCUGCUACACCUACUACUGCUCGCGCCUGUGUCGCCGCGAGGACUGGGACGCGCACAAGGCGCGCUGCGUGUACGGCCGCGUGGGCAGCGUGUGCCGCCAUGUACUGCAGUUCUGCCGCGACAGCGGCCCGGUGCAUCGCGCCUUCUCGCGCAUCGCGCGCGUCGGAUUCCUGUCGCGCGGCCGCGGAGUGCUCUUCCUGGGCUUCCCGAGCCCCGGCUCGGCCGACAACUUCCUGCGCUUCGGCCUCGAGGGGCUGCUACUGUCGCCCACCUACCUGUCGCUGCGCGAGCUGGCCACGCACGCGGCGCCCCUGGGCAGCUACGCGCGCGAGCUGGCGGCGGCGGGGCGCCUCUACGAGCCGGCCGAGUGCUUCCUGCUCAGCGUGUCGGUGGCUGUGGGUCCCUGCGCCGCGCCCCCGGGUGCCCCGGCCCGGCCCGCACCCGCGCCGCGCAGCCCCGGCCCCACGGUGCGCAAGUUCGCCAAGGUGGCGCUGGCGGCCGGCAGCCCCGCGCGCCCGCCCCCGCCGCGGGGCCGCGAGCCCGAAAUGGAGACGCUGAUCCUGACGCCGCCGCCCGGCACGGCCGGCCUGGACCAGGAGGGCGAGGCGGGCCGGCGUGCGCGCGAGGUGGCCUUCAUCCACAUCCAGCGCGAGCUGCGCCUCCGCGGCGUCUUCCUCCGCCGCGAGUUCCCGCACGUCUACGAGCAACUCUGCGAGUUCGUGGAAUCCAACCGGCGCUUCACGCCCACCACCAUAUACCCCACGGACCGGCGCACCGGCCGCCCCUUCAUGUGCAUGGUCAUGGCCGCGUCCGAGCCGCGCGCUCUUGACUGGGUGGCCAGCGCCAACCUACUGGACGACCUCAUGUGACGCAGCCGGGCCCCGCGGCCCUCUGCUCCCCACCACACCGCCUCAAGCACCAACCCCCCGGGGAGUUCCCCGUGGGCCCCGCCUCUUCGCUCCACCGCCCUCCUUCCCCCCCCUCCCCCGGCCGGGCUCGCCCCGCCGCCCCCCAGGCCGGGCCUCAGCCGCUUGGUGCUCGCCGCUGGGAGGCGGGGUGAGCUUGAGGACCGGCCCGGGGUCACUCCCGCACAGGCCCGCACGCAGAGCCGGCCCCCCGUCGGUCCUCGCCCUAGUGCCGCCGCCUCUCCGUGCCCUCACCCACCCCCCAGCCCUCCAGAAACCGACGUCGACCAAAGCUUACAGUCGGGUCACUUUGCGCACAUCCCCCGGCCCGGACCCAGCCCCCUCCGCCCCUCGGCCUCGGCUCCACGCGGGGUCCCCCCAACAGACCCGGGGCCAGGCCUGGGCUCGUAAGCCCUGAGGGCAGACCCGCGUCCUCCGGCCUGGGCUGUCUCCCGGCCAGAAGCCUUUUCCCUUCGGAGAACAGCCGUGGGGCGCCUCGGCGUGUCCAUCUCCUGUGGGGAGGCGGCGGGCAGGGCCGGCUGGGGGCGCGCUGCGUGUCUCCUGGUCCCAGUCCUGCCGGGGAUGGGGGUAGGGGUGGCGGGAGCAGAGACCGAACCUGAGCCCUCAUCUUGGCUGUCUUGACCCUGCCUUCCCCACCUCCAGCCUCACUCGGGCCCUGAAGGGGGUUGGGGGUGUACGGCAGGGACGGGAGCAGAGGCGGGCAGGUUCUGGCAGGGGGAGUCGGGGUGCGUGCCUCCCACGACGAGUCUCCUCUUGGCAGGGAGGAGCAAGCGAGGGCGCGGGUUGUGCAGGAACGCGGGGCCACCGCAGCCCCGGAGGCAGGCGGAAGGCGCCGAGGGGGUGGGGGCGCAGAGAGGACCAGGGAUGGGGGACUCUCCAGGGGGGCGUGUGGUGGACAGGGGCGGAGCGAGCUCCUUGGCCAGGUUGGUGGUCCGCGCAGGGGGCGAGCCCUGUCCCGAGGGCCGGGUCCUUGGAGCGUGCAAAUGUUUCCGGACGCCGGGAGCUGGCUGGAGGCGGGCCCGGCGGUCGGUGGGCCUCGGGCCUCUCCCCCAAAGUGGCCCCUCCGUCCGGGACCGGACCCAUGGAGGGCCGGAGUGACCCGGGGAGGAACCGACGCCCGGCCGGGCGAGGCGAUGAGGCCCGUCCCGCGGGUCUGUGCGGGGACGCCCUGGGGGCCCUCCAUCAGAGCCAGGGCGGUGCGCCCAGUGACCCCCGCCCCCGCCCAGCCCACCCGCGCCGCCCCGAUCGUGCCUUCUUCGGCGCCAGCUCUCCUAGUCCGCUCCGCCCCUCACAUCUGCGCGCCCGCCCCGGCCCGCGCCUCGGCCCCGCAAGCUCGCCUGCCCCGGCCAGGGCGCCCCGCUGGCCCAAACCCGCCUUCGCCGCCUCCCGAGUCCGGCCGCUGCGCCCCCGGCCCCGGGACCUCCCGUAGUCGCCCCCACGCCCGCGGGCCAGGCCGGAGGGCACGUGCUUUCAACCAAGUAAAACGGAACUUGAAUGUA